AUGGAGAUGAUAGCAAAAAGGAUAGAUGGUCUUCAAAUAGCUGCAGUGAGCACUGCAAAUCAACCACUAGCUGGAUGGGAACAACAAAAAGAGAGUUAUGAAGAGCAGCAGCCAGAACAAGUUCACUAUAUGCACAACCAAGGUGCUGGGCAGAAUGAAUUUCAUGGAGACGCUUACAACCCCUCUUGGAGGAACCAUCCCAAUCUAAGAUGGGGAGACAACCAGAACCAAAAUUCAUGGCAAAGGAGCUCCAACCAAAACAACUCCCGCAAUACAAACCACCAGAACCAUCAAAACACUAACCAAAAUCCAUAUAGAAAACUACAAAAUAAUCACCCUGCAUCCACUUACUACCCACCAAAUAACCCAUCAACUAACCAUAAAAAUUUUCAUUCACUAUCCACAUCCCAUACUCAGCCACAACUACCCCAAGAAUCCCGAAGAAUCUCUAAUUUGGAGAUGAUGAUGGAGAAAAUGAUGAAGCAUCAAGAGUUGGCUAAUAAGAAUCAUGAAGCCUCACUGAGAAACCUGGAAAGACAAAUAGGACAAUUGUCCAAACAGCCAGAGAGACCAACCAAUACUUUCCCAAGUGAUACCAUCUCAAAUCCCAAAGAAGAGUGUAAAGCAAUUCAACUCAGAAGUGGAAGGACACUGGAAGAUGACAAAGUUGACAGUGAAGUGGCAAUUGAAGAUAAGGAUAAGGAAGAGCCAAAGAAGAAGGAAGAAGAACCUCAAGUUUCAAAGAAGGAAAAGCAAGUCAUGGAAGAGUGA